AAACAAAAAACAAAAAGAGAAAAAGAGAGCAAAAGAGUAACCGAAACACAGCUACAGCGCCACCGCCAACAGAAGAAGAACCGCAAGCACAGGCCAACGCACAUCCAAGCUGGAGCCACCCUCAGGACACCAAGCUCUCGUCUUUCUCGUAGAUUGAGAGCGAUGGGAACCGAAGUAAUUGAUACAUGUGCAGUUAAAGAGCCAGAUCGUGUUGCUAUAGGUUCAAAUGACUCGAUCCCUCAAAAUGAGGAAACAAUGGAGAUGAAAGAAUAUGAGGUCAAGGAAUGGACUGCUGAAGACUCCAUUGCAGUCUCUGAACUUGGCCUUGAAGAAAAACAUGAGGAUGGCAAGACUGUGGUGACAAAACACCAUGGGACUGGCUUGCAUGAUGAGAAGGCCAAAUCGGAAGCUCAGAGGAAAAAGGACAACAGCAAGUCAUCAGUGCCGGUGAAGCACGGGAUGAAAAGCAAUCGAACGCAGUAUACUGUCCCACAACCAUUUGCCUUGGCAACUGCAAAGCGUGCUAAUGGCAUUCGCCAGAGUGGGGCUGAAUCAGACAGGCUGAAAGCUGUUGAUAAGGGCAUAAAUGGGAAGUCACUGAAAGCACUAGAUAAUGACACAAAACGGAAUUGGACACCACCUUCAAUAUCAAGGAAGCCCUUGCAACCAGAUAAUAAGAAAAAUCCUGAUGAGGAAGAUUCGUGUUCCAUUGCUUCCGUCAAUGCUGGAUCGGCUCAUGUCAAGUCCCAAAUGAGCAUGGCAUCAGCUCCCACAUUAAGAUGCACUGAACGUGCAAUGAAACGAAGAGAGUUUUACUCCAAGUUGGAAGAGAAACACCAAGCCAUUGAGGAAGAGAAAACCCAGUCCAAGGCGAGGACCAAGGAAGAGAGUGAAGCAGCUAUCAAGCAACUGAGAAAGGCUAUGAUGUUCAAGGCAACCCCAAUGCCAAGCUUCUACCAUGAGGGGCCUCCUCCAAAGGUCGAACUUAAAAAGGUGCCACCAACCCGUGCAAAAUCACCAAAAUUGGGCCGAAGGAAGAGCCAUGGAAAUUCAUAUAGUCCUACUCAAAGAAAUCUGGGGAAACCAAGUUCUCUGGAGGGAAAUCGUCGAAGCCUGAGCCAUUGUGAAUUAGGCAACACUGCUGGUGUCACUCUUGAUUGUGUACGCAACUCUGAGGAUGAUCUUACACAAGUUUCAAAGAGAGAAGAGUUGACUUCCCCGAGGAUGAAUGGACCCAGGAUUGGAGACCAAUCUCAAGAAUGAUGUGGAACU